CUUAAUCACCUCUUCUAAACGACCUCACCAAAAUGCCGUCUCAAAUGGAACACGCCAUGGAAACCAUGAUGUUCACGUUUCAUAAGUUUGCUGGGGAUAAAGGCUACUUAACAAAGGAGGACCUAAGAGUACUCAUGGAAAAGGAGUUCCCUGGAUUUUUGGAAAAUCAGAAAGACCCUCUGGCUGUAGACAAAAUAAUGAAGGACCUGGACCAGUGCCGAGACGGCAGAGUUGGCUUCCAGAGCUUCUUUUCGCUAAUUGCUGGGCUCACCAUCGCAUGCAAUGACUAUUUCGUAGUACACAUGAAGCAGAAGGGAAGGAAGUGAGCAGUUACUUUGCCCUGAUAAGAGUUCUCCCAAUGGGUCCCUUAAGGAAUAUGUGCCCCACAGCUUCCCCCUGUCUACGAAUUUCAUGAGCAGAUUGGGACCCUUAAAAAAAUGUACAAAUAAAAUCCCACCCCAUUGACCAAGAGAAAGAAAAGCCAAUAAAGCCAGAUAAGCUUUUGAUUUUUAUAUUGCUUGUAUCCUAUUGCCCCCCAAUAAACAAGUUUUUUUUAGUUCCUAA